GAUAAUAAUGUUAAGACGCCGAAAUCGCGAGUAGAGAGCAGUGUGCCUAUUGGUCAGGACUGUUGGGACAGCAGAUUCACGGACAAUGAUAGGACAACUACGGCAUUGGAGAUGCAUUACUUCCACGACCUCGUAUAAAAAAAAGUGAAAUAGCACUGAUUUAUUCUACUUUAUCUCUUCAUUAUCAAGCUUUGUCAUUCCUCAUAUUCGAUGAGGUGGAACUGAUAGCAUGCAGCCGAGGGACAGGACAUUGUAAAUAGCAACAGUGCGCUCAGGACAGGAGGAGGUUCAAGAGAUUGAGGACCAAAACAAUCUGAACAAUAAAAUCAACAGUCAUGGCUGCAGAGAAUAACUUCCCUCCAAUACCGGGGUUCAUCCCCCUGCAGCCGUGUUUCUACCAGGACUUUGACGAGGAGAUCCCUGAACAGCAUCGCACCAUGUGCAAGAGACUCUACCACCUGUGGAUCUUGCAUGCAAUCACCCUGGCUGUGAAUCUGGCGGGCUGCUUUGUGUGGAUGCUGGGUGGAGGGGGUGUGACAAAUUUUGGCAUGGCAAUCAUAUGGUUGAUUCUAUUCACCCCCUGCUCCUAUGCAUGCUGGUUCAGGCCCAUCUACAAGGCCUUCAAGACUGACAGCUCGUUCAACUUCAUGGCGUUCUUCUUUGUGUUCAUGGCCCAGGUGGGCAUCAGUAUUAUCCAGUGCAUAGGGAUCCCAGGCUGGGGAAACUGUGGCUGGCUGGCCACCAUCUCUUUCUUCAGCUACAACCUUUGGAUCGCCUUGCUGAUGCUCAUCCCCACCCUCUUUUUCACUGCCACGGCAACACUGUCCUUCAUCGCCCUCACCAAGGUCCAUAACUUCUACCGUGGCAGCGGGGGCAGCAUAGGCAAGGCCCAGGAGGAGUGGACCACAGGGGCCUGGAAGAACCCCCACAUCCAGCAGGCAGCGCAGCAGGCAGCUAUGGGAGCCGCCACGGGGGCCAUGAUGCCGGACCAGCAGUACUCCAGCAACACCCCACAGUACAAUGACAACCAGAUGUAGGGGAUAAAGUGGAGGGAGGGAAGCAUGUCAAAACAUGAGCAGGAGUUUGGUAUCUGUUUAUCCCAUCCCCAAAAAGCGUGUCUUCAUCACAACAGCUCUUUCUAUAGGGCAGGGGUCUUCAACCUUUUUUUGCCCAGGGACCCUCUCCCAGGCACACCGGCAACCCAGGGACCCUCUCCCAGGCACACCGGCAACCCAGGGACCCUCUCCCAGGCACACCGGCAACCCAGGGACACACAUCAUACGUUAAUGAUUUGUUUUCUUCUCACUUGUUUUGUCUUAGCGUCAAGUGAAUGAUAAUGUCAAGGAGAAGUAAUCAACAUUUCAAAAAUGAAUAGAUUUGGUAGAUUGUUUUUCAUUAUUGUAAUUGGGAAAGGAAGUGUAAACUCUAACAUAGACUAUUAGCUUGAAAGGUAACUCCAAACACACUAAGAACUGCUGUUUAGCUGGUUACCCAAAGGUUAGCCAUAUAGUUGUAAAAAUGUAUGUCUAAGUCAAGAAAGCUUGCCAGCAGCCAGCGACACUUGACGCACUGGUAGCCUGUCAGAUACUCCGGUGAGUGUAAUUGGCUCCAAUAAGUGUAAUUUGCUUGAUAUUAGCAGUUAAGAAAUAAUGUUGACAUCAUUAGAAGGAAGAUAUUCUCCUCUUUUCUACUGCAAUCAUUUAUUCUGUUGUUGCUAGCGAUGUACCCCGGCUAUAGGGCACUACACUACACUACCACACUAUACCAGCUGACUUUGAACACCCAUAACGUAAAGACAUUUCAUGUUCUCAGCAUCUACACUGAAUUACAGUAUCUGGUUUCUACUGUGUGAUGUCAUAUUUCUGCUUCCGCUGCUUUGUUUUGACGUGUCACAUCAAAGACGUGUCCCUAUCUUAUGUCACUGUGUUAGCAGGGCCCUGUGGCCACGUGCACACAGCACCAACUCUGCUUGUCAGAGCUCAUUCUGAUCACCUACUAUCCUCUCCUCGAUGGUCUUCGGUUUUGGUUUUUGGUAGCCUCCUCCUGCUCAUGACUUGUAAAGUCAUGUUCAUGAUAUAGUAUCCCAAUUAUAUAUUUGUUUGUUUUUUACAGUAAGUUACUGGUCUCUAGGUUUUGUCAUGAAUACAUGUAGUCCCUGGCUGUAGGAAGAGAGCCAUAUAAGACUGUGUUUGAGUGCAAUACUAUUAACUUAAAAAUAAAUCUACUGAUAUUUCAAAGCGGAUAAAAACGGUUUAUUACAGAAUGUAGCACUGAGAUAACGUUAAUAUUUUACCAAGAGUGUUUAUGUACAGUAGGAGAUAGCGUAUUUGGUAAUAAAUAUGUAUUUUAAGAAUGUAUUACUUUGUAUACUAGUGAAUGCCAGCUGAUUGAACAAAAAUGACUCUCCUCUUAUUUUCAGGUAAAGCAAAGCUAUAAACACUGGACACAAACUGUGAACCUUUUCCCUUUACGUCCAUGUGUAUGUUUUUGAUAGCUUAUAUAAUAUGUAUUUAAAAUGAACCCAUAAUCCCGUUGCCUCAGGGGUAUUAGUUUAAUUUGAUUCAUUCUGUAACUUGAACAAGGUAUUACUGUGAGCUAAAUAAGGCCAGUAUGUACUGUAGUUACAUUACAUAGAGUUGUGUAGAAAAGUACACUCUUUUCUCUUAUUUAUCAAUAUUAUUUUAACCCUUGAAACUUUAUAUUAGAGCAGCACUCAACUACUGAAUGUGUGAAAGUCCUCAAAAUGGCAGUAUCCCACAUUUUCUUACUGACAUCUGAAUUUCAAUAACUCCUGUUUUAAUCAUAUUCGUAGUAUGCACUACCUUUGAUUUAAUACUGAGGAGGUAGCAAGAUUUGGAAGUCCACUUCCUUUGAGUUUGACCUGGACGUUGGUGUUGAUGUCCCCGGGGCCCACUGUCUAUGCUGAUAACUUUCAUCAGGCUAGCUCAGAGGCUGUUUUAAAGAGCUUCAAUGUAGAGCUAACUGUGUGCUACCAGCUCCUAGGCCUGAGCUGAAAGAUUACAGGCCAGUCGCAUUUUCAUUAUCCACAGUCAUGGAAAUGGGACUUUCUUCUGAAAGUCUGAGAAGUAAUGAAUGAAGUAAUGAAUGAAGUAAUGAAUGAAGUAAUGAAUGCGUACCAAAACACAGAACUCUUUUUAGGGGAAUAUUGUACAAAAUGUCUUUAGAACAAGGCUCUCCAAGCCUGUUCCUGGAGAGCGCUACCGUCCUGUAGGUUUUCGCUCCAAUCCUAAUCUAGCACACCCGAUUCUAAUAAUUAGCUGGUUGAUCAUUUGAAUCAAGUAAAUUGCAACUGGGGUUGGAAGGAAAACCUACAGAAGGGUAUCUCCAGGAACAGGGUUUGAGAGCCCUGCUUUAGAUAGACUAGUAACAUCUAAUGUAAAUUAAUCAAUGUGAGCUAUAAAUUAAUUCUCGUUGUCUAAUUGUUUUGUAUUGAAUGUCUAAAUGUCUUAGAGGGUGCUCUUUUUUAAACGUGUGUAGUUAACGUCUUGUCUAGGGUUGACAAUGUUAGACAGCAACGUUGCAUCGUAUGUCUUGUUGUAUGAUUGCUUGACCACAAAGGGGAGCCGAUGGUUCCUUUCAUUUGUGUGAGAGAAAAUCCCUGAUAUACAAGCUGCCUGCACUCAGUCGUCUGUCUAUUCAUACAGUAGACUUUAGGUCUAUAGCUCAGUCAGUAUUCAGUCAACAUCUCAAUGGUUCUUCCUGUUCCCAGGUAGUAGUUACAUGAGACCAGGAAGGAAGGGAGAGAUAGAGCCUUAUAUCUAAGUGGGCUCCAGUCAGCCUCAGCCUGGCUCAUACUGCCCUCCUGCCACCUCUCUCUCACAGGGACAGAUGGCUGAGCAGGCGGUCCCCGUGAACACAUUACAGUGUGCUCUAUGCUGUAGGGGAAAGAGAGACAUUUAUGGCGUGGUAUGGGUGCCACUUUCUCUGGGGUAGUAGGGGUUUGAAAAUGACCUAAAUGGGCUCGUAUUGAGGGAAGGAGAGAGAGAGAGCAGUAGAAAAACAGUGUUUCCCAGGUGUUCAUUAGUUCAUGUUCUAGCUAGAUGACUAACCUGGCCUAAUCUACAUAUACCAAGGCCCCUUAACCCCUCAAAUAGCUGUAUUUAACAUUAUUACAGUAUGCACAUUUCUUUAGAGAAAUCCCUCAAACCUAUACUUCCUUUCUCUCCUACAUCUAAAAUGAAUCAGCUAUGUACUCAGUGUAGGAACUGUGGUGUAAGCUAUGCAGAUAACCCUUGACUAUGGAAGGGAUGGGUUUGUAAGUACAGUUGUUUGGGCUUAGCCUGCGACUGAUGUAAAUGUGUGUAGAGCACUGUUAGCUUAAACUGUGAUAUAAUCAGUAUUCAAUUAGCUCCAUCUAUGCAGUAAUCAAGCAGAAGCAUUGACCAAAGUUUUCCCCUGGUACACAUUCAUGUGCAACCACCACAGCUCAUACAGUACCAGCAGAUGCUGUCAUUAAGUGUGUGGGAGAUCAUUGAACCAGUGGGAUAUCCUCCUUAUGCUUAUGCUGAUCAUGUGAGAUUGCGUGGUCAUCUUGGAGAGACAACUAGACAGUUUGAAGCACAGUUAGAAGGGGACUUUUAUUCUAAAGUGUAAUUGUUACGUACAUUUAAAAAUGUUGACUUGUCAUUUUAUGUUUUGAUUUCCCUUACGGACAUUAAACAAACUCUAUUCCAUUUUACGCCAUGAAUAUA